GCUGUCAGAGCUCCAGUCCAUCUCUGCAGUGUGUGAGCAGAUGAGCCAGCAGAGACUCUGCCAGCAGUCCAUGAUUGUAGAUGCUUCACCCCUGUGUUCCAAUGAUCAGGACCUGGAAGCAGAAAAUAGAGUCCAAAAGCAGCUGAAAUCCAGUCUGAAGAAGAGCUUUGAGUGCAUAUUUGAAGGGGUUGCAACAUCAGGGAGACAUACCCUCCUCAACAAUAUUUACACAGAGCUCUACAUCAUAGAGGGGGACUGUGAGGGGGUCAAUAAUGAGCACGAAGUGUGGCAGGUUGAGACAGCAUCCAGGAAACAGACCACAAAAUACACUGCAAUCAACUACAAUGACAUCUUUCAACCCUUACCUGGACAAGAGAAACCCAUCAGAACUGUGCUGACGAAGGGGAUCGCUGGCAUUGGAAAAACAGUCUCUGUGCAGAAGUUCAUUCUGGACUGGGCAGAAGGAAAAGCCAAUCAGGAUAUUCGUUUCGUGUUUGUUCUACCUUUUCGGGAGCUGAACUUGAUUAAUGAUGAACAAUACAGUCUGCUUGGGCUUCUGCAUGUCUUCCACCCUGAAAUGAAAGGAAUUGAAAACAUCAAGUCUGAAGUUUACAAAGUUUUGUUCAUCUUUGAUGGUCUGGAUGAAAUCAGAUUUCCCUUUAAUUUCCUACACACCAAUGUAUUGUCUGAUGUAACAGAGACAUCCUCAGUGGAUGUGCUGCUGACAAACCUCAUUAAGGGGAAUCUGCUUCCCUCUGCUCUCCUCUGGAUCACCUCCCGGCCGGCAGCAGCCAAUCAGAUCCCUUCUGAAUACGUCCACCGUGUGACAGAGAUACAAGGUUUCAAUGACUCACAGAAGGUGGAGUACUUCAGGAAGAGAUUAAAUGAUGAGAACCAGGCCAGCAGAAUUAUCUCUCACAUGAAAUCAUGCAGGAGUCUCUACAUCAUGUGUCACAUACCAGUCUUCUGUUGGAUUUCUUCAACUGUUCUGGAGCGACUGUUUGUUGAAGCUGACUGUGGAGAAAUCCCUACAACUCUGACUGGAAUGUAUACACACUUUCUGCUCAUUCAGUCCAGCAUCAAGAAUCAGAAAUAUCAGGGAAGAAAUGAGAUAGAUCCACAAAAGCUUCUGGGCCUGGAUAAAGACAUGAUUCUGAAACUGGGGAAGCUGGCUGUUCAACACCUGGAAAAUGGCACUCUCAUGUUCUAUGAAGAGGACCUGAGAAAGUGUGGCAUUGAUGUCACUGAAGCGUCAGUGUACUCUGGGGUGUGCACAGAAAUCUUUAAAGAGGAGUCUGUGCUGUAUCAGAAGAAAGUGUACUGCUUUGUGCAUCUGAGCAUCCAGGAGUAUCUGGCUGCUUUGUCUGUGUUUCACUCAUAUGCAAGCAAGAAUAUAAAGGUAUUGAAGUCCAUUUUUGGUCAAAAAUCUGAAGUCACUCAAUUGUAUCACUUGCAUGAGAGAGCUGUUCAGAAGGCCUUGGAGAGUAAGAAUGGGCACCUGGACCUUUUCCUGCGAUUCCUUCUUGGCCUCUCACUGGAUUCAAGUCAGAACCUUCUCAAAGGCCUUCUGACACAGACAGGAAGUAACUCAGAGAGCAUCAAGAAAACAGUCCAGUACAUCAAGAGUUUGGAGAUGAAGGAUUCCUCCCCAGAGAGGUGCAUCAAUCUGCUCCACUGUCUGGCUGAACUGAACGAUCAUUCACUUAUGAAGGAGGUUCAAAAGUUCCUGAGCUCAGGAAGUCGUUCUGGUGAAUGGAUCUCACCUGUGCACUGCUCUGCCCUGGCCUAUAUGCUCCUGAUGUCAGAGGAGGUGCUGGAUGAGUUUGACCUGCGGAAAUACAACACCUCAGACGAGGGGCGCAGGAGACUGGUUCCAGCUGUGAGGUGCUGCAGAAAGGCUCUACUCAGUAACUGUAACAUUACAGAGAACUACUGUAACCUGGGAGAAUCAGGAGGGAAGCUAGUGAGUGCUGCACUGAUGAGUCCAAACUGUAAACUGCAGACUCUGGAUCUCAGCUACAAUAACCUGGGAGAAUCAGGAGUGAAGCUGCUGAGUGCUGCACUGAUGAGUCCAAACUGUAAACUGCAGACUCUGAGACUGGGUUGCUGUAAUCUCACAGAGGGCUGCUGUGAUGAUCUGGCCUCAGUCCUGCGCUCACACCACUCAGAGCUGAGAGAGCUGGAGCUGAGAGACAAUGACCUGCAAGAUUCAGGAGUGAGAGCGCUCUCUGCUGGACUGGAGGAUCCACACUGUAAACUACAGAGACUGGGGCUGUCAGGCUGUCUAGUCACAGAGAGAGGCUGUGCUUCUCUGGCUUCAGCUCUGUGCUCAAACCCCUCACACGUCAGAGAGCUGGAUCUGAGCUACAACCACCCAGGAGACUCAGGAGUGAGAGCGCUCUCUGCUGGAGUGGAGGACCCCAGCUUUAAACUGGAGACACUGCUUGUGGACCAUGGAGGAGAGAUUAGGCUCAAAGCAGGACUGAGGAAAUAUGCCUGCCAGCUCACACUGGACCCCAACACAGCAAACAGAGACCUGUCUCUAUCUGAGGGGGACAGGAAGGUGACAGUCACACUAGGGAGAGAGCAGCCAUAUCCUGAUCACACAGAGAGAUUUGACUCCGAGCGACAGGUGCUGUGCAGAGAGGGUCUGUCUGGGACUCGCUGUUACUGGGAGGCUGAGUACAGUGGGGGGGCUGCGAUUGCAGUGGCGUAUAAAGGAAUCAGCAGGAAAGGAGGGGGUUCUGACAGCGCGUUUGGAUACAAUGAUCAGUCCUGGAGUCUGCACUGCAGAGAUGUCGGGUUCUUUGCUCAUCACAAUAAUAACCGCACUUCCAUACCCCCCCCCUCCUCCCGCUCCCGCAGAGUAGGAGUGUAUCUGGACUGGCCGGCAGGCACUCUGUCCUUCUACAGCGUCUCCUCUGACACUCUGACCCACCUGCACACUUUCCACACCACAUUCACUCAACCCCUCUAUCCUGGGUUUCGGGUAGGAUGGGGAGAAUCAGUGUCCCUGUGCAUGCUGGGAUAGAUGUCUGUAUCCUGGAGGAGUGGAUGGGAUGUUAUUCAAUGUGGUCAUGACUACAUAAAUCUCCACAUUAAUACUGACAGUGUACAA